AUAGCUCAGUAAAAGUUGAAGAAGCUCCAAAACCAUCUGUAACAAAUGAGGCCGUUAAGAUUUCUCUCAAGGACUGCUUAGCAUGUAGUGGAUGCAUUACUUCAGCAGAGACAGUAAUGCUUGAGAAGCAGAGCCUAGAUGAGUUUCUUUCAAACAUAAACAAAGGCAAGGUGGUGGUUGUCUCUCUUUCCCCACAGUCUAGAGCUUCACUUGCUGUCCACUUCAACCUUUCCCCACAUCAGGCCUUUAGGAAAUUGACAACUUUUUUCAAAUCCUUGGGUGUGAAUGCUAUAUUUGAUACAAGCUCCAGUCGAGACUUAACUUUGAUUGAAUCUUGUAAUGAGUUUAUAGAACGUUAUAAGCAAUCCCAAAUACCAGGUGUGGAGGAAUCAAAGUGGCAAUUACCUAUGAUAUCUUCUGCAUGUCCAGGAUGGAUAUGCUAUGCUGAGAAAACACUUGGAUCAUACAUUCUUCCUUUCAUUUCCUCAGUCAAGAGCCCCCAACAGACUAUUGGUGCUAUUGUUAAGAAUUAUGUAUGCGAAAAACUGCACACUAGGCCUGAGGAUAUAUACCACGUCUCAGUGAUGCCUUGUUAUGACAAGAAACUUGAAGCAUCACGCGAUGAUUUUGUGUUUAAUGUGGAUGGUGAUGGUGAAGAAAUUACGGAGGUAGAUUCGGUUUUGACUACGGGAGAGGUUUUAGAGUUGAUACAGUCAAAAGGAAUUGAAUUUAAUGCCCUGGAAGAGUCUCCAUUAGAUACAUUGCUAACAAAUAUUGAUGAUGAAGGACAUCUGUAUGGAGUUCCUGGGAGCUCAGGAGGAUAUGCAGAGACAAUUUUCCGUUAUGCUGCUAAAGAAUUGUUUGGGAAGGAAGCUGGAUAUCCUUUGAACUUUAAUAUCAUAAGGAAUUCAGAUUUCCAAGAAGUUAGUCUAGAGGUGGAGGGAAAAAGUUUUCUGAAAUUUGCACGGUGUUAUGGUUUCCGAGAUCUGCAGAAUGUGGUUAGGAAAAUCAAAACGGGGAAGUGUGAUUAUCAAUUCCUAGAGAUCAUGGCAUGCCCUUCAGGGUGCUUAAAUGGUGGUGGUCAAAUAAAACCGAGGGCUGGGCAAUCUGCAAAAGAUCUGAUCCAAAUGUUGGAGAAAGCUUACAUGGAAAAUGUAUGUAAAUUGUUUGCACCUGUGUUAUAACCUUGAAUAUUAUGGUUGUAUAUAUUUAUGUGCUUUGCCCAUAUUUUGGUUCAGUUAUAUAAUUGAUUUUAACCCCCCCCCCCCCCCCCCCCCCCCCGCAUAGGCUCUGCUUAACCUAUGAUAAUCAAGUAUUCAAGGGAAUGGAACUAUACAAGGGCAAUAGCCAGAGCUCCUAAAAAUUCUGAGAUUUGGAACAUGUGCUCUGCCAUAAAAAAUAUAUCAUCAUAUAAAGUUUUGUUGUAAACAUUUUCACUUAAAGAUAAUGUUUGUUUAUCAAACUGGAGUGGGUCGAAGCCUGGUAUAGACCAACAAAGAGAGUUAAACUUGGGCGGAGAUAAAAGAGAGGCUUAAACCCCAAAGAACCUCUUGUGGUUAUAUUGUUCAGAAUAAUUUCAUUUUUUUUCAAUUAUAUAAUGCGAGAAGAAACAUAUUUGCUCUUGAACUGUAUGAUUAUUAUGAUAGAAAACAUAUGAACUCCUCAACAUUUUGAGGAACAUAAAAGUUGUAGAGUUGGAACGAAUAUACUGUUGAACAGUACAGAGUAUAUCAUAGAACAGACAUAUCCCUUCAGGUAUUGGACAUAAGGGUUUAUUUGUUCCAAGUUUACAAUUUUUGUGUUAAAAUUUUCUAAAAAGAAGUUGAAAAGUAAUAUUUUCUCUCUUACAUAUUCGAGGGCAUAUUUGUUUCUUAUCCAUUAUAUAUAUACACUGAAAAUGUUACUUGUAUGAGCGUUUCAUUUUCUUUUGUAUUAAUAUGGAAAGUGAAUAACUUUCCAUAUUAAUAAUUUUAUUUUACUUGAUAUUUUCCGGGAUCCAUAUUGGUUUUAUUAUUGAUAAUCUAUAUAAAAUUCAUAUAUACCCUUAAUGUGUAAGUCUUGGUAGCCAAUCCAUCAGAGAACCCCAUCAUUAAGGGACUGUAUAACGAGUGGCUUGAGCGUCCUGGUUCAGAAAAAGCCAAGAAGCACAUUCACACCCAGUACCACCAUAGAGUUAAGAGUAUAACCUCUCAGUUGCAGAAUUGGUAGUGAUGAUGAAAGGUAAUAUGUCACUGUCUGUCUUUGCUUGUCAUUCAACACAAUUUUGGUAGUAGAAGUGAUAUUCAGAAACCGUUCUGCACUGUAAAUAUCUCACUUCAUGACCCAUCAAAUUUUCUGUAAUAUAUUUGAGUUAUAACUUAUAGGUAUGUCAGACACGGUGAAACUGUGUGUUCAGAAGUAUUGAUGGCAAACGUUAGUAUCUGCAGUUGCAUUAAAGUUAGUCUUGUGUGUAUGUUGUGUAGUGAUUGCUAAGAUUACUCAACCUCAACUAUUCAGAUCAUGGAUUGGAGUA